GUGAUGAGGUUAACAGCGCUGUGCAUCUAUGGGACCCUGCUGGCCUUGUCAAGCCUCUCCCGGACCACAGGGGUCUCUGGUGACGGAGACAUCCUGGGAGAUAGGGGAUAUGGGCCCUGUGCUGCAACUCUUGAGCUUGAAGGGCCAUGCAGACCGGGACAGGAGGAGGACACAUGCCCCUACCUCUUCACUCUGCCACCGCUGACCGUUCAUCUGCCAAAGCAGCUCACAGAGCUGGAGAAGAUCACGAAGGAUCUGCAGAAGCUGAAGGACCAUGUGGAUCAGCUGAGGAAGAUGUGCGCUGAUUGUACAGUAAGACAAACUGAGAGAGUGUGCAGAACACAAAGUGAAAGAGAGCAUGUGAAGACAAAUGAGGGAACAGAUAAACAGGGGGAUGAGAGGAAGUGGGUGAAUGAGAGAAAAGAUUUAAGAGAGGACGGGGUUAAAGUGGAAAAGACGAUGGAUGUGGAUGGUGACACUGACUCCAAAGAAAGAACAGUUUUAGAAGAGAGAGGGAGAAAGAAAUGGGAAGCAGAGGGAGAGAGCGGUGAAAGGGUCGUAAAAGAAAAUGAGAAAACAGAAACCUUAAAAGAAGUGCCAUUAAAAGAUGGAAAAACUCAAACAGAGGGGGGAAAGGUAACAGACAAAUUGAGGCAGCAAAAGGUGCCAACUUCUGGUGGAGAGGGGAGAACAGAGGGCAUGACGAGAGAAGAAAAUAAGGAGAUUGAAAAAGUUACAGAAAAAGACAGAAAGGGGGAUUUAAAGGGAGAUCAAGUAGAUAAGCAGCAGAGUGGGAAAGAAGGAAAGAUGACGAGUGAUAACAAACACGAGGAGAAAACAGAAGAAAGUGACAAAUACUUGAGGCAAGAUGAAACAAAGGAAACAGACAAAAACACCCAAACUGUGGAAAACAUGGGCAGUGAUGGAAUAAAGAUGUCUGAGGAUCAUGAUGAGCAUACAAAUAAGGAGCGAGAGCAACGUUGGGAGGACAGAAAAAAGAAAAGGGACAGGGGACUAAGAGUGGAGCAAAAUAACAAGAAACCAAAACAGACUGAAAUCAUUGGGCGCUCAGCAACACAGAGGACUAUAAAAGAGGGGGAGGAGGAGGAGGAAGGGGAGAUGGGCACAGAGAUCAAACCCGAGGCAGAAGAAAUGGUCCAGACUGUACAGAGAGACAGCGAUGAAGAUUUAACGUCCAACAGAACGAGUGAAAGGACAGACUUUGUUUCAGUCAGCCAGACUCCAUUAGUUCCCAUUAGUCCAACACAUGACUCGGUGGACUCAAACAAAGCUACCACCUCAACGUCAUCUCCUCCCCCUCGUCUUCUGUCCAGUUCACGAUUGAUCCCAGACAUGAGAUGGACAAUGACCAAAGCUGCUCAUGGACUUACAACCCAAAGCACAGACAGUGAUGUGACUGGCUUCUCUGAGCACCCACAUCCUGAUGAAGAGGCAGAUGUGAGGACCACAAGUACGCCAACAACAAUAACAAUAAGCACACUGGGAGUCCCCGGACAACAGAUAACCAGCAGCAGUACAAGGUUCACAUCAACAACUAGUCCGAGACCCAGGGCAAGCUUCCAGAGUCGAUCUAUGUCCACCGCAGCUACAACCACCUCAACUCCCCGUCAGAAUUUAUACACAACUACGGGAGGAGAAGACCACAGCCCGUGGACAGUAAAGAAGAACGCCAGCUCCAACACUAACCCUGGAGUGAAACCUCAACCAAAGCCUGGUGAAAAGCAUAAACCAGGAAUUAAGCCUGAAGCAGAUCGUAAGCUAAAAAAUCCUAAGAAUGACCAUAAACCUGAUGGAGCACCUUCACCAGACAAAAAUAUUAAGGACGACCAAAAGCAGAGGCCUUCACUUCAAAAACCCACAGCCAAGCAGAAACCCAAACCUCCAAAAGUCCAGAUUAAAAAACCUGACCAGAGAGCUCCACUUCAAUAUGUGAAAAACAAUCCUGCGCCUAAACAUGAUCGAGACCUCACAACGGAUCAAAACAAGUUAGUACCUCCUGUCCAGAGACCUACAUCCCAUCAAAGACUUGUAUCAAUAAAUGCAACUGGUACUGACAAAGAUCUUUUGAAUGAUCGACUGAACUCGAAACCAGAGAAAAAGCCAAAUCGUCCUCUAGACAAACCAGAGCCAAAGCAGAAACCUGAGAAAAAAACGAAAAGUAAAGAAAAAGCAGAAUCUGAUUUAUCCUCUAAAUCAAACCAACAUUUCACACCUGAACCUAAAAAAGCUGAAACAAUUCAGCUCAAGUCUGAAGAACCUAUCCAAGAGUCUGUGACAGAACUAAUGAGAAAAUCCGAUGAAAAUCUGUCUCCUGAGUCUAAAUCUAACCAAGACUCAACACCUGGACAAAACAUUUCACAUGAUCGUAUUAAAAUACCUUCUGAUAAAAAGCCUAAACCCGGCAAGAAAACCCCUGUGAUUAAACAAAACCCUAAACCUGGCCACAUCCCUAAACUUUACCCAAAACAUCAAGAACUUGGCAAAAAUACUAAACCCAGUGUGAAGCCUAAACUUGGCCAGGUACCUCAAACAAAUCCGGGGCCUAAAAAACCUGUACCUGGCCAACUGCCUGAUCUUAAACCAGAAUCUGUACCUGAUGAAAUCCCUGCAACAGAAUCCAACAUAACAUCCAAACUAAGGCCUCCCACCGCACCCGUGCCCACACUGAAGCCAGGAGCAACAUCUGUUCAAAGGACAAAACCAGCAGUGCAACUAAAAUCGAGCCCAAAGACCAAAACAGAUUCAGCUCCUUACAUCAUUCGCGUGACGACUGUGGAUGGCAUCCAAAAUUCUGAAAUUCACAUGCCACCUACAUCUGGUGCUAUAAAACAUAUUGCUGAGGCGACUCAUUCCCCGCAAGACAUAGAGUUCAGCCCCAGCACAAAAAAAACCAUCACUCCGGGUCCAAUGACCUCUAACAGCCCUGAGCCUGUACCCUUCCCUCUGCUUCACGCUCUCCCUGAAAGCUUCACGGUGAGCCCAGGCAACAGGGUUACGUCUGAUCUGAGGCCACAAACAGCUGGACAGCCAUCAUCGAUCCCAAUGACAACAAGACCAAACAAAAUCGUCCACGGGAUCCUCCCAAUUGUUAUCGCUAGCACCAGUCCAGGAUCCACAAGGCCAAACCCGGCUCAUAAUGCUGACUCCAGCUUACAAACUACGAUACGUCAAGAUGUGGGGGAAACGUCUCCAAGACAAAAUCCACAUAAAAAAAUGAUCACCACUCCGACCACUUCCCCCAGAGCCCACACUACCUCCACACUUAGCCCUGACUUCAGGUCAACAACCCCUCUCACCUCUGGCCCCGAGGCCCCGGCGGCUGAGUCGUCCACUCCCAGUGCACUAGAGCUGCGUGUAAAAAUCAACCAGGUGGUCGCUCUCCCCAGUAGCGUGCGUCCAAAAGUGCAUCCUGAGGACAACCAGGGAGGCAAACUACCAACGUGGAUGUCAUCUAAAGCAGUGAGGAGAGACUGCUCGGACCACCUGCUGAGAGGGGAGACCAGCAGCGGGGUGUACCUGGUGACCCCUGACAUCCGCAGCCGGAGCUUCUCAGUCCUUUGUGACAUGGAGCUGGAGGGCGGAGGAUGGACCCUCCUGCAGCGCAGACACGACGGCAGUGUCAGCUUUAACCGCACCUGGGCCGAGUACCGCUCCGGUUUCGGGGAGCUGCACGGCGGGGAGUUCUGGCUGGGGAACAACAUGAUCCACCUGCUGACCCGGGACAGGGACAUGGUGCUGCGAGUGGAGCUGGAGGACUUCGACGGGGUGACGGAGCAUGCGGAGUACGCGCAGUUCAGGGUGGCCAGCGAGAGGCUGCGAUACCGGCUGACGGUGGGAGGCUACUCCGGCACUGCAGGGGACGCUCUCCGCUUCAGCAGGAGCUACGAUCACAACCACCGGCCAUUCACAACCCCAGACCGGGACAAUGACCGAUACCAGUCUGGGAACUGCGGGGCCUACUACAGCUCCGGCUGGUGGUUUGACGCCUGCAUGGCUGCCAACCUGAACGGGAGGUACUAUGUGGGGAAGUACCGGGGAGUCAGGGACGGGAUCUUCUGGGGCACAUGGCCCAACAUCUCCACAGAGUAUUUCCCCACUAGUGACAGGGGGUCCUUUAAAAGUGUCCGGAUGAUGACCCGACCUAAAGGCUUCACACCAUGACUCUGCUUUUAUAUCACAUAUAAUAAUACAAAUAAUGAUAAUAAAACUCAUCACACUCUCCUCACUGUUAAUGUGCACUAUCAACACAACUCUGCCGCCUGGUGGUGAUUAAACGGAGGAUGUAUAUAUUUACAAAGGUUAUAAUCACAAGUACAUCGUGUGUGUUUUUUAUGUAAUGUUGAAAAUAACUUGAUAGAGAUUCAUUUGUUCCAUGACGAGAGAGCGAUCCUCUUAUUUUUCUAUGAAGAUGUGUGAAUCUGACGGGUAUGAGGCUACAGAGACUGAUAUUUUUACUGUUACAAUACUGGAAGGCCAGUUGAUGGUUGAAUGAAGCUGUUUGAGAUGUUUUAUAAUGAAGUUUGUUUUAUGAAGAUGAAUAAAA